AUGGGCGUCGUCGGCGCGGACGACGCCGCCGAGCGCCUCACCGAGCUCAUCCUCGCCGCGUGCUCCGAGGUCGUCGGCCCCGAGCUGUCGCGGCGGGUCCUCGCGCUGCCCAAGGAGCGCGUCCGACCGUCCCCGAAGGCGUCGGCGGGCGGCGCGGACUACCGAUGCCACGCGCCGGUCACCGUCUUCCGCAAGCUCGACGCCAUGACCCCCGCCUCGCGCGACGCCUCCGGCGCCGAUGCUCCCGAGCCGCCCGCGUCACCCACCGAGCCCGGAACGAUGCGCGCGUCCCGCCGGCCCAACGGCGCCAUCGACGUCGUCGUCGUCUCCGCCCUCGGCGUCGCCAGGCAUCGAACCUACGCCGACGCGACGCAGAUCGCGGACGCGGUGAUCGAGGCCAUGGAUCCGCGCGCGCUCUCCGAGCUCGUCGCCGACGUGCGCGUCGAGCUCGGCGGUUCGGGCGGCUCGGGGCGACCCGACCACCCGGCGGCGCGCCUCGACGAGGACGUCUCGGCGAGGGCGGCGAAGCGAAGGGCGCGAAGCGAAGGGAUCGGCCGCGACGGAUGCGUCGGGACCAUAGCGCUGCUUACCAAGCGAAGGUUGCUCGAGAACGGCGCGAACGGCGCGCUGCUGUGCCGCCGGUGCGGGCACAUGUUCGCCGGAGAUAAGGGCCUGGCGACGCACCAGCAGGUGAAGCACGGGCGGUCGUACGAGUCGGCCAAGGCGGCCGUCGCCGAGAGCCGCGUGGCGCUCGUCGCGACAAACCAAUCGGCGCCUUGCACGUCUUCACCCGACCCGUCAUCACCGUCUGCGAACCCGUCAACGAGAGAGAGUCAAAGAGAGAAGAGAGUCAAAGAGAAAGGGUCCCCACUCCCCCCGGGCCUCGCCGCGGCGAGGGAUGGCGACCUCGACGCCCUGCGUCAGUUGUGCGCGCGCGGGGUCUUCGACCCGAGGACGUGCGUCGAUCGACACGGCAGCAACGCGCUGCACUGGGCCGCCGGUUCCGGCCACCUUCACAUGUGCAAACACCUGGUCGACACAUGCGGCGUGGACCCUGGGUCGACGCAGGUGCGAGACGGCCGUAACGCCAUGCACUGGGCGGCGCGUAACGGGAAAACGGACGUGUGCGAGUGGCUGUGGCGCGAGAAAGGGGUGAGCGUCGACACGCCGACGAUCGACGGGACGACUGCGUUUCACUGGGCGGUUUGGCAGGGACGAUCGGCGACGUGUGAUUGGCUGGUGAACGUGGCGUCGUGCGACUGGAGGGCGCUGAACCAGUUCGGGUGCAACGCGGCGCAGUGGGCGGCGCAGUCGGGUGACGUGGAGAUGUGCGAGUGGCUGGCGCGACUCGGGUUGGACAUGACGCUGCUCAACAACAACGGCCACAGCGCGGUGCACAAGGCGGCGGUGAAGGGUCGGCGCGAGACGUGCGAGUGGCUCCUCGACGUGGGUGGGUUGGGCGCGGACCACGUGGCACCGGAUUACCACGAUGGGAUGACCCCGGCGGAGAUGGCGAGGCUGGAAGGGCACGACGACCUCGCGGCGUGGCUCCGCGAGCGGGAGGACGGCUUCAAAGACGUAUGA